UUUUAGACAAGCGUCAUCUUUCUUGGAUUCCUUCUGAAGUUGUGGCGAUUUUUGUACAGCACUGCUGCCCUUUUGACGUGGACUUCAGUUAGAAGAACAGUUGAACAGUUUUCUUCAAGACCAACUUAAAAUGCCUGGACCAGCAUCAAGUGCGACUAAUGUCGGUGCAGGGAGCCGAUCCCCCAGCAAGACCGUGGCCCCCCGCGCAGCAGGAUCCACAGUCCGACAGAGGAAAGCAACGAGCAGUGGCACACGCAGUGCAGGCAGGACCACAGCGUCAGCGGGCGGCACAGGGGGCAUGUGGCGCUUCUACACUGAGGACUCACCAGGACUCAAAGUAGGUCCGGUACCAGUGCUGGUGAUGAGUUUGCUGUUCAUCGCGUCGGUCUUCAUGCUGCACAUCUGGGGGAAGUACACCCGCUCCUAAACCCCGCCCCAUGACCCUUCACCCUCAAUCCCUGACCCUGCGGCGCAGCUUCUUAACACAUCAGACCUGGACCAAACAACCAACCAACCUGAAUCCCCAACCACACAACUCGCCUGGCCCGGCGGGCGGGACAGCCCCAAUCAACAGCAGUCUAGUGUCCAACUCCAACUGAACUGCAGACCACCAGUGUGUUGACCCUGAGCACAGAUCAUGUAGGACUGAAUCCUGAGUCUCAUCUCCUACUGGCUGCUGUAGGUCCUGUUGAUGACAGGGAUUCAUCUCCAGUAAGGAUCGGGCACCUAGUCCCCUCAUCAGGACUUCAGUAAGCAUCUACAUUUUUCAGCCUGAAUUGGAACCUGUAGAUGUUUUGUUAACAUCAUUUGGACAACAUUUGUAUUGUGAUAUUGUACAAUAAAUGGACUCAAACAGAA